AUGCAGGGGAAGCACCCGGGUUUUGUUGAUUCAAUAAUUUCCUUUCUUUUUUAUACAUUUUUUACUUUUUUGCGUCAUAUUUCUGGUGCCAGUGUUCACUUUUUUGGGUCAUAUUUCUGGUGCCAGUGUUCACUUUUUUGCGUCAUAUUUCUGGUGCCAGUGUUCACUUUUUUGCGUCAUAUUUCUGGUGCCAGUGUUCACUUUUUUGCGUCAUAUUUCAGGUGCCAGUGUUCACUUUUUUGCGUCAUAUUUCAGGUGCCAGUGUUCACUUUUUUGCGUCAUAUUUCAGGUGCCAGUGUUCACUUUUUUGGGUCAUAUUUCAGGUGCCAGUGUUCACUUUUUUGCGUCAUAUUUCUGGUGCCAGUGUUCAAUUUUUUGCGUCAUAUUUCUGGUGCCAGUGUUCACUUUUUUGCGUCAUAUUUCUGGUGCCAGUGUUCAAUUUUUUGCGUCAUAUUUCUGGUGCCAGUGUUCAAUUUUUUGCGUCAUAUUUCUGGUGCCAGUGUUCACUUUUUUGCGUCAUAUUUCUGGUGCCAGUGUUCACUUUUUUGGGUCAUAUUUCAGGUGCCAGUGUUCACUUUUUUGGGUCAUAUUUCUGGUGCCAGUGUUCACUUUUUUGGGUCAUAUUUCUGGUGCCAGUGUUCACUUUUUUGCGUCAUAUUUCUGGUGCCAGUGUUCACUUUUUUGCGUCAUAUUUCAGGUGCCAGUGUUCACUUUUUUGCGUCAUAUUUCUGGUGCCAGUGUUCACUUUUUUGGGUCAUAUUUCUGGUGCCAGUGUUCACUUUUUUGCGUCAUAUUUCUGGUGCCAGUGUUCACUUUUUUGCGUCAUAUUUCAGGUGCCAGUGUUCACUUUUUUGCGUCAUAUUUCUGGUGCCAGUGUUCACUUUUUUGCGUCAUAUUUCUGGUGCCAGUGUUCACUUUCAGCCUGUUGCGUGUUUUCCCUCCGUGAUUGUUCCUGCCAAGGGCUCGUCUUAUUAUUAGAUUUUUCAAUUAUAUCAUGUUUUUUUCUUACUUCAGUCAGCUUCAUUUUUUCAUUAUUUUUUUUGUUUCAUUGCGAUGAUUUUCUUUUGGCUUAUAUCCAUCCUACGUAUGUCACCAUGUUAAAACUUCCCCACAGUAUUGUUCGCCACACACUCCAGUUAGCCUGUUACACAUAUCCUACGUAUGUCAUUAUGUUAAAACUUCCCCACAGUAUUGUUCGCCACACACUCCAGUUAGCCUGUUACACAUAUCCUACGUAUGUCACCAUGUUAAAACUUCGCCACAGUAUUGUUCGCCACACACUCCAGUUAGCCUGUUACACAUAUCCUACGUAUGUCACCAUGUUAAAACUUCCCCACAGUAUUGUUCGCCACACACUCCAGUUAGCCUGUUACACAUAUCCUACGUAUGUCACCAUGUUAAAACUUCCCCACAGUAUUGUUCGCCACACACUCCAGUUAGCCUGUUACACAUAUCCUACGUAUGUCACCAUGUUAAAACUUCCCCACAGUAUUGUUCACCACACACUCCAGUUAGCCUGUUACACAUAUCCUACGUAUGUCACCAUGUUAAAACUUCCCCACAGUAUUGUUCACCACACACUCCAGUUAGCCUGUUACACAUAUCCUACGUAUGUCACCAUGUUAAAACUUCGCCACAGUAUUGUUCACCACACACUCCAGUUAGCCUGUUACACAUAUUCUAAGUAUGUCGCCAUGUAAAAGUUUCACUAUAAUAAAAUUUGCUAUAUACUC